AUGUCUCUUUCUCGUUCCGCUCUGGUAGGCCUCAUCGCCACGAGCACGCUUGUGUCGGCGGGGCCAUGCGACAUCUACAAGUCCGGCGGAACGCCGUGCAUCGCGGCCCAUAGCACGACGCGAGCUCUCUACAGCGCCUACACAGGUCCCUUGUACCAGGUCAAGCGCAACUCGGACAACAAAACGACCGACAUUGCUCCGCUCAAGGCCGGGGGUGUAGCCGAAGCCGCGGUCCAGGACCAGUUUUGCGCCGGAACAACGUGUCUCAUCAGCAUCAUCUACGACCAGUCGGGCAAGAAGAACCACCUGACACAGGCGCCGCCCGGUGGCUUUCAGGGCCCGGCGGCCGGUGGGUAUGACAACUUGGCCAGCGCGACGGGUGCGCCGGUCACGCUGAAUGGCCAAAAGGCGUAUGGGGUAUUCAUCUCGCCCGGCAUGGGAUAUCGCAACAACAAAGCCGUGGGUACCGCCAAGGGAGACGAGGCCCAGGGCAUGUACGCAGUGUUUGACGGGACGCACUACAACGACGACUGCUGUUUCGACUAUGGUAACGCAGAGACGAGCAGCACGGAUACAGGCAACGGCCACAUGGAGGCCAUAUACUUUGGAAACAGCAAAGGUUGGGGAACGGGGGCGGGCAACGGACCAUGGAUCAUGGCGGACCUUGAGAAUGGGCUUUUCUCAGGCGUCAGCCCAAAGAACAACCCCAACGAUCCCACCAUCUCGCACCGCUUUUUGACGGCCAUCGUAAAAGGACAGCCCAACGAGUGGGCGAUCCGCGGCGGCGACGCGACGUCGGGUUCGCUGGGCACUUUCUACAGCGGACAGCGGCCCAAUGCGACCGGCUACAACCCUAUGAGCAAGGAAGGUGCCAUUAUCCUCGGCAUCGGUGGCGACAACAGCAUCCGGGCGCAGGGCACCUUUUACGAGGGCGUCAUGACGACGGGGUACCCAUCCGACGCCACCGAGAACGCGGUGCAGGCCGACAUCGUAGCCGCCAAGUACUCGACGACGUCGCUGACCAGCGGCGCAAAGGUCGAGGUCGGCUCGUCCAUCUCGCUGCGGGCGGCCGAGUCGGAAGCCUACCUGUCCCACGACGGCACCACCAUCGUGGCCCGCGACGUCUCCGCAGCCAGCAGCGACGAGCACAAGCAGAAGGCCAGCUGGACCGUGCGGACGGGCCUCGGCAACGACGGCUGCUUGUCAUUCGAGUCGGUCGACGCGCCGGGCAGCUACGUGCUGCACUCGGACUCGCGGCUGCUCCUCGCGCGCGACGACGGCUCCAAGGAGUUCCGCGAGGGUGCCACGUUUUGCCCGCAGGAAGGACUGGGACGCCGCAGCAGCCACCACUCGAUCCGCUCGUGGGCGCAUCCGACCCGGUACAUCCGCCUUUGGGACGAUGUCGCGUAUGCGGCGAGCCAUGGCGGUGCCAAUGAUUUCGAUAGCGAGGCUUUCUACCACGAUGAUGCGAGCUGGGAGGUGAAGACGGGCUUUGUUUGA